AAUUAAACCAAAAUCACAGAUAUGUAUAAUAAACUAGAUUGCUACCUGAUGAUAAUAUGCGAAGUUAUUAUCCGCCAUUUUAAUCUAGGCCGAUGUAGAUUUUGCCUUAUCAAUUUUUAUCAUUAAUUGUCAGUUGUUGUCUGUUGACUUGUGUACUGUGAAAACUCAAAACUGAGUAAUGAGUAGUUGACACUGUUGAAUUCUGUUUUUUGCAAUAGGUAUAUUGUUUUGAGACUUAAUAUUUUUAUGCUAUUUUUCCAAUUAUGCCAUAUAAGUGCUGUGCUGAUGAAUGCAGUAGCAAGGACAGGGUUGUUGGUUCAACUACAAAAUUAUUUAGAUUUCCAAUCGAUGAGAUUGCAGAACAGUACAAUAAACCCGACAAUAAAUUAGAUUUUAAUAGCAUCACUAUUGAAAAUAUAUUAUAUUACAUAAGUGGAUAUAUUGUUAAAAAACUAAUCCCAACUUUGAAAUGUGAUGGUUGUAUUGAAGCUAUUACAGAUCCAUACAUUGAAAAUGAUCACGUUUAUCAAAAUAAUACCACACCAAAAUAUUGUACAAUUAUGAAAAACAGAGGCGGUUUGAAGUAUGCUUCUGAUGGGGUAUACAAAAUUGUUGAAUUGACAGAUACAUUAUUUAAAACCAUUAUGGUGGAUAAAAAAUAAAUGUUUAUUAAAAAUAUGGAUUUAAAAAUUAUGAUAAAUGUCCAAAACUCACUGGCGACAGACACCACGCUAUUUCCAGAAUGUGAUGCUUGCUGGAAUUACAACAGAUUUAUUGGCAAGACCUCACAAAAUCGAUAUUAUAAAUAAAGUAACCAGAACCUAUCUUAACGUGAGAUUAUAUUCUUACAGUAAAAUAAUAACAACCUCGAUUAUGAAAACUGCUAGUAAACGACAGAAACUCAGUAAAACCAUUUUAUUUUAUAACAUGUAAAAAUUGUUAACCUAUCUGAAUAAACUAUGUUAAAAAUUGUUAUUGAUAUUUAGAUACAAAAUUUGUUUAAAUAAGAAAAAUAACGUGCAAUAAAAAUUUGUUUUAUAAUUUAA